AUGUCUAAUUCUUCUUCGGACCCUAGUCCUGAACCGUUUGAUGUUUUACCCGUUGAGGAAGGCUCUUGUUUAUUGAGGAGCUAUGCUCUCCACCCGAUACCGAGGAACCCUGGAGAGGUGGUUAUUAUCUAUUAUUCUCAGGACCCGGAGAGGGGUGGAGAAACUGAUGAUGGUGGAGACAAUGGACCCGAUCAAUGUGGGAAGAGGGUAGCAGUCUCCGAGAGCCGGCUUUAUACGCGCGAAACUCCAAUCACAAUCAAUGGGCAAUACGCCCAUACCAGUCAAAAGUCAUAUUCAACAAUAUGGGUUAUGGAUCGUGUUGGUUGUGAGAUCGAAGAAGCAACAAAAUUCAUAAAUGCCGUGGUCGGAGCCGAGUCACCCGCACGAGAGGUUUUGAAGGCCAAUAGUCUCGACAAUUUUGGUAAUUUCAUAACAGGUGUUUCACUGCGGGCGAGCUACAGUCCUAGAUUUUUCACAAUUUUCGUGUCUCUCCCCUACCUUGGUGUUGGAUAUAAUGCCACUAUAAACGAAAGCCGAACGUUGCGUCAAUAUCGCCUCCGACAAUCAAUCAAUUCCCAGGUUAACAACACAACGCCCGUUGCUACAGCUACCAUCCCUGAUAUACUGGUACACCAAACAUGGCUUUUGAGCUUCCAUGAUGAACGGAUCGGAAUAUUUAGAUCGAAGGACGAUCACUACUCGAACCGAGCACCACUAUUUCCAUAUCAAAAGCGGAUGGCUGCGUCUCAGGCUUUAGUGCAUAUGAUUUCCAAUCUAUUGACUUCUUCAGAGAACGAGGCACUAAAGAUCUUCCACUCGAAAGUCAACGAUCUGGAACUAAAGCUCGAAGACAAUAUCACAAAAGAUAAGAAUGAAGUCUUCAAAUCUUAUGGAAGCUACAUAAAAGAUGUUUCCACGAUGAUUCGAAUAGUGCGCUCCCAGAUUGGCUAUCUUGAGGACCUCCGGCAAAUAUUUGAAAACUCAUAUGACAGCAAAAGACUUACGGGGGAGCCCCGGCCCCACCGGAACUCAUAUCCGAUACCCCUUUUAAGGAAGCAACCUGAACAGUUAGAGGAUGUGAUGAACAGUAUUACCGCAGUUGUCGCCGAACGUGAAAGGUUCUACAAGGAGUUGCGUAUCUUGUUGAAAGACCUUGAACUUGCUAGAACAUUGUGUCUGGAAGGAGAUCAAGUUGAAAGCCAAAAAUCCAUCGAAGACACCCUGAUCAAGGGGCAAAUUGAAAGCCAAGAAGCUGUCAAGGUGGCCCUACAAGCACAGGCCGAAAGCCAGGAAAAGAUGGAGGAAACCCUGAGGGUCCAGGGCCAGACCAUCUCAGUAUUUACGCUUGUAACAGCUGUCUUCUUGCCUCUCGGAUUUUUCUGUAGUUACUACGCGAUACCAGAGAAUUUCGGGGGGGCAAGGUUCUGGUCUAUCGCGGGCCCUGUCACGGCGGCUAUGACAGUCGUGAUGGCGCUCUUUUUAUGGGCACCAGAUGACAAAAUAAAGGAGAAGUUGGAAGCGUUGUGGAUGUGGAUGUUCAAAGAGAAAACAAGCCAAGCGAACCAGCAGGCACCCCAAUCAGAGACAACACAACAUCGGGAUACGUCCCAAUCCCCGGAGACGACCCAAUCCCCAGGGUCCACGACCCGGUUCUCGUUAGGCCGGAAUCGGGAGAGAACACAAGAUUCGAUUUCCAAAGCCUAA